GAUGAUUAUGAUGAUUUUUUUUUGUUAUAAAAAAGAAUAAUUCUUCAUUAUCGAAAGCUCAUUCACUCAAAAAAAAACAACUUUAAAUUCAUUCAUUCAACAUGAAAUCAAUUAUACCAUUAACAACGAAUUCGUUGAAAAAUUUACGUUCAUAUUUGAAAUCGUUUCCCGAUAAAAUAUAUUCAGUAGAAAUCAAAAUUAAAACUGAAAAUGCCUCGCAAAAUAUCACACCACCAAUGGCUGCAGUAUCGGUCACAAAAGAAAAAGAACCGUUCAAAGUGAGCUCGGUCACUGAAAACAAAAUAAUAGAUAAAAAAUCCAAACAAAAAUCAUCUAAUGAUGAAUUGUUGUCCGUGAAAAAGUUAUCUCAAAACGAAAGAAUCGAACGUACCGAGCAAUUGGUUCUUUCAUUAAAACAUUCAUGGUCCAUAACAACAUUGCCGAACGUAAUUUCUCUCAACAUUCGUUUAAAACAACUUUAUGAUCAUCUUCAAAUGUAUCCAGAAGCAACAAAUGUAGCUGUUCGUAAAAAUAUUGUUGAAAAAUUAUUGAAAAUAAGGGAAUUUUCACAGUUCAUGUUGAAUGGAAAAUCUAUAUUAGAACGGCUGAAAUCACCGAAGCAACAAAAUGGUUCUAGUCCACAAAUUCUUCAUAAUUCCAGAUCGUUGCAUAAAAAUUAUCAUAGAUUCGUGAAUGAAAAUUCACGACAAAUACUAUCACUGUUAGGACAUGCUGAUCCACCUAAAGGUCGUGGUAUACGAGUAUUGAGUAUUGAUGGUGGUGGAACACGUGGAUUAUUGGUGAUCGAAAUAUUACGUCAAAUCGAACAAUCAUAUGGUCAACCGAUACAUAAGAUAUUUGAUUUAAUUUGUGGUGUAAGUACUGGAUCUAUUAUUGCCAUGUUACUUGGAGCAUUACGUAUUUCGAUUGAUGAAUGUGAUUCCUAUUAUCGACAAGUUAGUUCAUAUUUAUUCAAAACUGAUGUUUUUCGUGGUACUAGUCGUUUAUUAUGGUCACAUGCCUAUUAUGAUACAAAUGUUUAUGAAAAAAUUCUCAAACAAAUCUAUGGUGAUACUAAAUUGAUUCAUACGAAAAAAAGUUCUGAUUGUCCACACAUGAUUGCCAUAUCGGCUAUUGUUAAUCUACCUACAUUAGAACCAUAUUUGUUUCGAAAUUAUGAACUUCAUCCUUCAGCAAAACCAUUAAGUCAUUUUGAUGGUAGUUCUAAACAUAGAAUUUGGGAAGCAGUACGAGCUUCAUCAGCAGCACCUGGUUAUUUUGAAGAAUUUACAAUUGAUAAACAUGUUCAUCAGGAUGGUGGUAUAUUGUUGAACAAUCCUACAGCUGUAGCAUUACAUGAAGCUAAAUUAUUAUGGCCUAACGAACCAAUACAAUGUGUUAUAUCGUUAGGAAGUGGUCGAUAUCAACCACCAUCUAAUCGUACAAUCGAACUUGACGAUAAUAAUAAAGAUGUUACGUUAUCCAGUUUAAAGCAUAAAAUUUUACGACUUAUUGAUUCUGCAACCGAUACUGAAAUGAUACAUCGAUUAAUGCAGGAUAUGUUACCAGAUCCAGUAUAUUAUCGUAUGAAUCCAAUGCUUACCGAUUAUUCAACAAUCGAUGAAAAUAGACCAGAAAAAUUGGAACAAAUGAAACAAGAUGCUCAAAUUUAUCUACGUAAAAAUGAUCAUAAAUUUCGUACGGCCAUUGAACAACUUAAAAUACAACGAUCAUAUUAUCAAUUGUUCAAGGAUCGUAUCAAUCUACAAUCAAAAGUAUAUCGGCCAUUUUAAGAUUAUUUAGUUGUAUAGAAUUGUUAUCAAUAA